GCGUUGAAAUCCAACCUAACAUGCCUUUGCUUUCUUUCAAUCUUCUGUUUUCAGUUUUAUAUAAAAGUAUAUAUUCCUCCUUAUGAGCUUAAAUUAGUUGUAUAUUACUUACCAAAUGACUAUUAAUCUAAAUCAAACAUUGUGUCUCCAAUGUGCCAGCCAAAAUAGUCCAAAUUUAAUGGUUGGCACUAAGAUAGAUUUGCAAAAUUAACAACAAAACCAUUGGCCAAAAGAAAUAAUUUUGGUUUGUUUUGUAGUGAGUGAGAACCCAAUUAGCAUGACUAAUGUAAAACCAAGCAUUUAUACAUAGAUACACAUGUCUAUAUAUAUACAUCGUAAUUUAAUUUAUUCUAUAUAAACACCCAAACCGACAGGCAAAAGAGGAUACCCAACAAAAAAAAACAAUCCAUAUAAAUAAAUAAAAGUAUACACGUCUCUCCCCAAUGGAUGAUCACAUUGAGAAGAUGAUUCAAGAACAAGAACCAAUGGCUGAGACCAUGCCAAAUGUUAUAACGGCGAUGUCAUCUCUCCUACAAAGGGUUUCAGAGAUGAACGAUGAUCUGAGCCGUCCGUUAUGGGAGCACCAGAGGAUCUCAGCUUUCAGUGCAUUGACCAAACCUUCUAUAUCGGUCAGAAGCUAUAUGGAGAGGAUCUUCAAGUACGCAAACUGUAGCGACUCGUGUUACAUAGUCGCGUAUAUAUAUUUGGACCGGUUCAUACAAAAGCAGCCUUUUGUGCCUAUUGACUCCUUUAAUGUCCAUAGGCUCAUCAUUACGAGCGUCUUGGUCUCUGCCAAAUUCAUGGAUGACUUGUGCUACAAUAACGCAUAUUAUGCAAAAAUUGGAGGAAUAACCACAGAGGAGAUGAACUUGUUAGAGCUGGAUUUCUUAUUUGGAAUUGGAUUCCAGUUAAAUGUGACGUUGUCUACUUACAACAACUAUUGUUCUUCACUACAGAGAGAGAUGGAUAUGAGGAACAUGUACUCUCCGCUUUUAGAGCCUUCUUUCUUGACUCUCAAGAGUCUUCAGAUCAGUUUGUAUGACGAAGAUUCACUAUCUAUUCAUCAGAAUAACCAACUCACAACAGCUGUUUGAUACAUUAGAUCAUUUUGUGAUAUUAUGUAACCUUGUGUUGAAGGAUAUUUUACAACAUUUUUGACAA